AUGCCACAUAUACAAGGCAUGGACUUACUGGUGCAAGUAAAGCAAAACAUAAGCUCCAACUCUCCAGCAUUGAUGAAGAGUCACCAACAUUUGAAUCAUAUGGAACUGGAGAAGUUUCAAGUCCAAUGGCAGGCACCUCAGGAGUUGGACGGCAACUAUGGAAAGCAGGAAAGCAAGCAUUUGAAGGGGAUGAGGUGUGAGUUGAUUUUCAAGAAGAAUCCAAAUCGUGCAUUAGUUGAAUCCGCUGACAGACAGGCCUAUGGAGAAAUAUUGAACUGGACCAGUGUGCACAGACAGAACAAUGAUCCAAGAGGUGAGAUUGUUAACUACAACAAAGCCAAGUAUAAGAAUACAAUCAAACGCCUUUUGGAUGAUAGCAGAGAUGGUGGUCAAAGACAUUCUGAGAGACAAGUGACUGGGAAAGGAUCUAUUGCUCCAAGGCGUGAUUUUAGUAAGGAGAAAAGUCAGAAGAUCUAUAGAGGGAGAGGUGUUCUGUCAGCUAUCAAGGGAGCUGCUGGUACAAUAGUUGAUAAGGCAAUCAACAUUCUACCAGUUGAACUUCAUAUCCCUGGCUAUCAAUACUGUGGACCAGGAACAAAACUUCAGAAGCGAUUAGCACAAGGUGAUCCAGGAAUCAACAAACUUGAUCAGGCUUGCAAGGAGCAUGAUAUUGCCUAUUCCAAGAGUGAUGAUACAGCAAGCAGAGCAGGAGCAGACAGCAUCUUGGCAGAGAGAGCCUGGGACAGAGUGAGAUCUGAAGAUGCAGGGGUGUUGGAAAAAGCUGCAGCACUAGCAGUCACCAACAUAAUGAAGGCUAAGGCAAAAUUUGGGGGAGGUAUGAAAAGAUCACUGAAGGAAGUCAGCAGGGUGGUUGAGAAGGGAAAGAAACAAAAGAUUCAACCAUCUAAGAAAAAAUCAAUGAAAGGAGGUCGAGGUCUUUACUUGAGACAUCAGAAACCAAAGGUUAGUACAGGUCUUCACUUGAGACAGCAGAGAUCAAAGGUCGGUAAAGGUCUUUACUUGAGAAAGCAGAGAACAGCAACACCUUAG